UUCGGCGGGGAAACUAUGGAUGCCACAUGGUCCGCAUCCUAUCAUGUUGCCCGGAUUCACGAUCCGCGGCAAGAUGACACGCUGUAGAGCAAGACCAGGUUGAGGCGACUGCCGGAUUCGUGGUAGGUCUAUAUAAUAUGUUGACCUCAAUCAAGUUGUUCUGUUCCGGCCAUCUGCUUCCUAUUCCUUCAUCAUUCUGAUCAAAACCUCUUCACUGUGAUACCCGAGCAUUACCGAUCCGUCUUUCCAUACCUUACCUUCUCUUACAUCCCAACGCCCCACGACAACUAUCACAAUCCUCACAAUGGCCUCUGACAAGCCUUCUCACCGGUUCGACCCUAACUUUACCGACCAGGUGGUGAACGGGAUGGGUCCCAACACGACGCCCCGCAACCGCCAGGUCCUGGGCGCCCUGAUCCGCCACAUCCAUGACUUUGCCCGUGAAGUUGAGCUCACCAUCGACGAGUGGAUGGAGGGCGUCAAGUUCAUCAACGCCCUGGGCGAAAUAUACGUCAAGAGCAACAAGACCCGGAACGAGGCGCACCGCAUUUGCGACGUCAUCGGCCUCGAGUCCCUCGUCGACGAGAUCGCUCACAAGAUUGUCUCCGAGUCCGGCAUGGACCCAACCUCGUCGUCCAUCCUGGGACCCUUCUGGUCGCCCAACGCGCCGUUCCGCGAGAUGGGCGACGUCAUCUUCCAAGACGGCGUGCCGGCCGGCGGGCGCGUGGUCAAGAUGCACGGCGUGAUCCGCGACAUCACAACGGGCCAGCCCAUCCCCAACGCCGUCUUCGACAUCUGGCAGGCGUCGGCCAACGGCAAGUACGACUUCCAGGACCCAGAGAACCAGACGCCCAACAACCUGCGAGGAAAGUUUCGCGCCAACGCCGAGGGUCGCUACUGGUUCUACUGCCUGCACCCGACCGCCUACUCGCUGCCGCGCGACGGCCCGUCGUGGCAGCUUCUGACGCUCAUGGACCGCCACCCCAUGAGGCCCGCCCACAUCCACAUCAUGGUCACCCACCCGGAUUUCCAGGGCUGCACCACCCAGCUGUACCCCAGCGACGACCCCUGGAUUAAGAGCGAUACCGUCUUUGCCGUCAAGGACGAUCUGGUGGUCGACUUUAAACCCAUCCAGGGGGAUGACAAGGCCGUGCUCGAGCUCGAGUACAAUGUCAAUCUGGCUCCAAAGGGAUACAAGGGGAAGCUCUGAGACGCCGCCGGGGCUUUGUGGGGAGGUUGGGGGUUUCUCUGUACAUAUAUUUGUCACGUAUAUACCCGGCUUUUUGGAUAAGCGGUCUAACUGCCCGGACGGGGACGGAGGUUUACUCAUUGCGGGCUGGUUAGCGAUGCUGUCGUAUCUGGGUUGGAUACAUUUGCUUGUUCUGUUUUGUGUUGUUAUCUGCAAUGAAAAGCUUGAAAAGCUACGAACAGUGGCACGUGAUCCCUGUG